AAAGCCGACCCAGGCGUUCUGGAUGCAAUUGUCCAGAUCAUUAAAAUACAAAAAGGUAUCAAAGAAGUUUCUUUUAAGAAUAAUAUGAUUUUGAAAGGAAAUCUUUAUCAAUUUAGGCCACUUUUGGCCCCAGUCAUGGAAUCACAGGCAAAUUGUGUAACUUCGUUGGCAUUUCGAUCGGUUAAGUUUAAUGAUGUUUCAAUUGUUGCAUUGGCUGGCUUCUAUUCGUUGGAGUCUCUAUGUCUACAGAAAUGUCGAAAUAUGACGAAAGAGCAUAGUGUUACACUGUCUGCAGCAUCAUUCCGUCUAAAGUUUUUAUCUCUGUUGAGAAAUUCUUGGUCGAAUUCUAUUACUGCUGCACUUAUUGCUAAGGCAGGUGUUACUUUACAACAAAUGGUACUGGACAAUGUUUGCACAGAAACUACUCAAGCAGCAUUAAACCACUGCCCAAACCUUAAUAUUUUAUAUAUAGAGGUAUCAGUUUACAAUUAUAGCCUAAUUACAUGGAUUGGUUCAACAAAUAUUCAACAACUUGAAGUAUCAUUCGGUGGAAUAUUCCGCUUGUCCACUGAAGAUACAACUAGAUCAUUGCAUUUAUUAGGAGAAUACCUUCCUACUUCUGUGAAUUAUUUAAAAUUGGAUGGGCUAUACAUUUCUAAUGAGGCAUUUAACGAUUUUAUUAAUAGUUGCAGAGCUCCGUUAUCAACAUUAAUUAUUUCAAUUGAUUGUUAUCACGAUUUCGAAGAGAGUGUACUCACUGUCCUCGAAUUUGCAUCUAAACAUAAAACUUUGAAAAAAUACGGAAAUUAUGAUAACAAUAGGUAUGUACAUAAUGUGUCUAUUAAGGAACUGGAAAAACACGGGAUCAAGAUAUUGAAUACAUAUGAUAUUAAGAGCACCACUCUAACGACUUUAUUAGCCUCAAUAGAACUCGGAUUACUCAAAUUACAUGAUCAAUUUUACAUAUACAAUCGUCCGGAGGAUACAAAUGAUCUAACCAGUACAAUAUUUUGGAUCAGUAUGUCUUCUAUCAGAUUUUUUUACUCAGAAAAAAUUGGAGUUGAGACUGCAACUUUGAAAAAAGGUAUAAAAUCAAUGAUAGGUUCUAAAUUCCCUUCAGAUAUGAAACCUGCCAUUACAUUUAUUCCAGUUAUAACUAUUAGUGGAGGUUGUGUG